AUGCAAAAAAAAGGCACAACUUGUGUACUGCUGUUGACGACAAUGUUAGUCGGAAUCCGAAGCGAACCACAAGGGUCUGCAUACCUACCGCCAAGCGGCAUUUCUGCUGCUUCAAGACCGCAGGCCGAUUCCGGUCAUCCGGACGAUUGGGCAGGGGAUCCGGUGAAUUAUGAAUUCUCAUAUGAGGUACAAGACGCCAGUGCUGGAUUGGACUUUGGCCAUCACGAGAUGCGCAAAGACGAAGAAGCAACUGGCAGUUAUCACGUACUCCUGCCAGACGGUAGAAUGCAAAUUGUCGAUUAUAUAGCCGAUGCCAAUGGCUACAGACCUAUAAUUCGUUACGAAGGUACUGCUUCUUACCCUGCUCCAGCACCGUACCAACCACCGUCAUCAGGUGGUUCGCCGCCAGCAGCCAGUGAAGGCUACAAGUACAGAAAAAAAUAA